AUGGAGGUUAGACCCAGUGGAAGCGAUAAGAUAAGUCAGAAAAGAAAUAAGGCACAGAGACUAGCCAUGUCUGAGGGGGUAGGAGGACCACCAGUUCAGCGUGAUGUUUCAAAUAAACGUCUACAGCAGACACAAGCGCAGGUUGAGGAGGUUGUGGAUAUCAUGAGAGUGAAUGUAGACAAAGUACUGGACAGAGAUCAAAAACUUUCAGAAUUAGAUGACAGGGCAGAUGCUCUACAAGCUGGGGCUUCACAGUUCGAGGCCAAUGCAGGCAAAUUAAAACGCAAAUAUUGGUGGAAAAAUUGCAAGAUGUGGGCGAUUCUAAUAGCAGUCAUCCUUGUCAUAAUUAUUAUCAUAGUUGUAUGGGUUGUAACAAGCCAACAGAAAAAGGAAUGA